AUGUCGUGGAAGCUCACAAAGAAACUGAAGGAGACUCACCUGGCUCCUCUGGCUCAGUCUUUUGGCCGUUCGUCGUCGACGUCGACAAUCAAAGGUGAAGGAGCAGAGGAAACCCCGGCGACCUCUCAACGUCCCACCAUCAAUUCCCAAAAUUCAAAUGGAAUCGCGGAUUCGGAGGCCUUGGUCUCACCUCCCGUGGCUCCCGUGAAGCCUGGUAUCCUCAUCGUCACGCUACAUGAAGGCAAAGGCUUCUCCCUUCCCCCUCAAUACCAACAAAUCUUCAACAAUCAUUUCCAAAAUCAGAAUAACUCGUACACUCCGGUUCGACCGAACUCCUCGUCUUCCACGCAGACCUCCUCCAGCACCUACACACAGUCCACCAGGCCCCAGUCGACCAGCGGAGGCAUCAAUGCCGCCCCCACCAUCCAUGGCCGUUACUCCACGCGAUAUCUCCCUUAUGCUCUCCUCGACUUUGAUAAGAACCAGGUCUUUGUCGACGCGGUGUCGGGCACCCCGGAAAACCCGUUGUGGGCUGGUGACAACACCUCCUUCAAGUUCGAUGUCUCCCGCCAAACCGAAUUGAACGUGCAGAUCUAUCUUCGCAACCCGGCUGCACGACCGGGAGUCGGUCGCAGCGAAGAUAUCUUCCUGGGAGCUACCAAGGUCCACCCGCGCUUCGAAGAGCCCCAGCCAUACGUUGAGGACCCGAAAUUGAGCAAGAAAGACAACCAAAAGGCGGCAGCAGCUCACGCGGAGCAAGAACGGACCGUGGGUCAGUUGGGCGCAGAAUGGUAUGAUCUGCAAUUCGGCACGGGUUCGAUCCGCAUCGGGGUCUCGUUCGUGGAGAACAAAGGCCGCAGCAUGAAGCUGGAGGAUUUCGAGCUCCUGAAGGUGGUGGGCAAGGGUAGUUUCGGCAAGGUCAUGCAGGUCAUGAAGAAGGAUACAGGCCGGAUCUACGCCAUGAAGACGAUUCGUAAGGCGCACAUUAUCUCUCGCUCCGAGGUCGCCCACACACUCGCCGAGCGAUCGGUGCUUGCCCAGAUUAACAACCCAUUCAUCGUUCCCUUGAAGUUCUCUUUCCAAUCUCCGGAGAAGCUGUAUCUUGUCCUGGCAUUUGUAAACGGCGGCGAGUUGUUCCAUCACCUGCAGAGAGAACAGCGCUUCGAUAUCAACCGUGCCCGUUUCUACACCGCGGAGCUGCUCUGCGCACUGGAAUGUCUUCACGGGUUUAAGGUUAUCUACCGCGAUUUGAAACCGGAGAACAUCCUCCUUGACUACACCGGUCACAUUGCUCUGUGCGACUUUGGUCUUUGCAAGCUGGACAUGAAGGACGAGGACCGAACGAACACCUUCUGCGGUACUCCUGAAUAUCUUGCCCCCGAGCUUCUCCUCGGCAAUGGCUAUACCAAGACGGUCGAUUGGUGGACUCUCGGCGUUCUGCUCUACGAGAUGCUGACUGGUCUACCGCCAUUCUAUGACGAGAACACCAAUGAGAUGUACCGCAAAAUUCUGCAGGAGCCCUUGACCUUCCCAAGCCAGGACAUUGUUCCGGCCGCCGCUCGCGAUCUGCUGACGCGCUUGCUGGAUCGUGAUCCUCAGCGCCGCCUGGGUGCCAAUGGUGCGGCCGAAAUCAAGGCUCACCAUUUCUUCUCCAACAUCGAUUGGCGCAAACUGCUUCAAAGGAAAUAUGAGCCAAGCUUCAAGCCGAAUGUGGUUGACGCCCGUGACACGGCCAACUUCGAUCGUGAAUUUACUUCCGAGGCGCCUCAGGAUUCGUAUGUCGAAGGGCCCACGCUGUCGCAGACGAUGCAGCAGCAGUUCGCAGGUUGGUCUUACAACCGCCCGGUCGCAGGACUCGGGGACGCAGGUGGCAGUGUCAAGGACCCUUCGUUUGGCAGCAUUCCUGAGUGA